AUGAUGUUGGAAAAAUGGGAAGCCAUACAAAGCAGCGCCGAACUUAAGGAGCUUAUCCCCGACGCAGUUUCAUCGAGUGAGGGUGGUCCUGUUAUCCACGCCAAACAGUAUAUUGGAAUUGGGUGUGAUCUUGGAAAUCUUUCAGAAUUGGAACGAACGCUAAAAUCUGAAGUGGAUACAUCCGAAUGCUCCAUACUGUGCACUGCUGAAGUAGCUUUAACUUAUAUGGCAGUCAAGGCCGCUGAUGCACUAAUAUCAUGGGCUGCGAGACUGAGUGAUGAUACCCAAUUCGUGUUGUUGGAGCAGUUCUUCCCAGACGGCCCUGAUCAUCCCUUUGCAAGAACCAUGAUAGCUCAUUUCACUAAAUGGCGUGCACCGCUUCAAUCAAUUCACAUAUAUCCCACAUUAGCCCAGCAGGAGCAGCGAUUCCUCAAAGUAGGCUGGAAGCAAGCAAGAGCUAGAAGCCUGUGGGAAGCCUGGAGUGACCCCAGUUUCAUAACCGCUGGAACACGUGCAUCUCUCGACCAGUUUGAAGCCUUUGAUGAGUGGGAAGAGAUUGCUUUGUUUGCUUCACACUAUUUUUUGCUCAGAGCUAGUACGCGGGCGACAAAAAGCAAUAGCAAUGACGAAGCGUUCGUUAAUACAACUACAGAACUGUUGGAUACUCAACCCCGGAUGACUGCUAAUUUUAAAGCAGGUCCAACCCAUCACAAGCGAUUUGGAGCCUUAUUUUCUUUUGGUGACCAGAUUGGUUUUCAUGCGGGGUUGGGACAACAAGCUCGACUUUCGUCUACAGAUACAUAUGUGCAAUCGGAUGCCGCAUAUGCCCACGUAAAAUGUGUACCACCAGAGUCACUCCCAGCACGGAUAUGCCAUACCAUAACGCAGGUGUCGAAUAACAGAUGGCUAUUAGUUGGGGGUAGAACCGCGCCGUCAAAGGCCUUAAAUGAUACCUGGUUAAUGGAAGGGGAUAGGUGGCGACAAUCGUGUCCCUUUCCAACUUCAUCCUUUCGACACUCUGCAACUGCUGUUAUACUUCCUAGUGGCGAAGAAGGCGUCCUUGUUUACGGCGGAAAAGCAUCGAAUGGCACCGUUAGCGGGGAAUUUUCCUUGUGGAGAAACAACAGCGGCAUAGAAACUUGGACAGUACUAUCGAAAAAUGGUAGCUCUUGCAUGCCGCGCUUCGGGUCUGUUUUGUCUAGCAUUGGUAAGGGGAGAGGAGUCCUUACUGGAGGAAUGUCUCAAGAUGGCAUAGUGCUGGAUGACUUUUGGACAUGGCAGAUAUCCACCGAUGAUACUGGGAAAAUAUAUAUCCGGUUAACAGAUGAGAAGGCUCGACUGGAAGGUUCUCAUCCACAAAUAUCCAAAUGGGUUAGUCGUUUUGGUUCCACUGCGCAUCAACUUGGAGAAAGCCUUGUUCUCAUUGGAGGAAUUGCUGUUGGUGGGUGUAUACCGCAUGAGUAUGAAGUCUUAACCCUGGACCUCAGCGUCUUUCAGUACGACGAUACCCGUGAACUGUCUGUACCGAUGGCCUGGAAAUCUCCUGUCGCUGCACGGCCGCUUUUGGUUGGCCACAGUUCCAUCUUGGCUGGUGGCGGCAAGAUCUUGAUCGUAGGCGGAGGAGCAGUGUGCUUUGCCUUUGGCACAUACUGGAACAAUGGCACCUGGGAGUUAUCUUCUGGAAGCUCUUAUAUAAGGGAUAAUGAAUGGCGAAUGCUUCGGCCAUAG